GCGAUUCUGCCAUUUCGCAUGACCAAUUGCAACAGUCACCGCCAAAGCCAGGGCAUCAAGGUUUCUCGUCUCAUGCCACGCAAAGGGAUCCUGACGGCCAUCACCGUGCAAUCGAAGAAUCCAUGGUGGCACGGCAGGCACAGACAUCAAGGUUGUGCGCGCGCCCAGCGAAACGGCUGCGGAUACACUUGAUAGACACACCGUAGCCAUCCCAGCGUGCUAAUUUAUCCAUCACAGUGCAUUGGCAUGACGUUCGUUUAUUGCCUGCAUCGGCAUCGUCGACCGCGGUGGAGCAGGGUGUGCAGUUGCAUUAGGGCUCCUGCGGGAAUCCGUCAUCACCACGCCCAGACUCGACUCCAGGGGAAGAGGAACAGGGGUGGUGGUGGAAAGACAAUGACCCGCACAAAUGCUAAUCAGAUCGAAAUUGGAGCCGAUCACCGCUGCCAGAGCUGGUACAAAAGUCAGACCUGUGCGCCGGAAAACAGUCACUUGCACUGCGACGGUGAGGGCCGGGGGCCGCGGGUAAUAAUUAUCAGAUGGUGCGGCCGAAUCAACGGCCACGGCCCGCCGCUGUGGUCAACAAGCGAGAGUCUUCCUCAAUGGACGUCAUGCCGCAGUGAUUGGUCCGCAGGGCAUUUUUGUCUUUCGAUCUGGCAAGGAGAGAGAAAGGCUGAUCCGAUGUGGCAGCACGGUUCCUUUCCUCGGGUCAGCUGCUAUCAUUGUGAAACGCUCUUUCCCUGUGGGAGAAACGUCUCAGUUCACACCGCUGAUUGUUCCUUUGUCCCUGUUCGCACAAUGGUAUCAUUUUGGAACGGACCAGCCGGGAUCGGAGAGGAUUAACAAUGAUGGCCUGAACGACACUGAUGACUCGCUCACCGGAAGUUCCUGUCGUACUUGGUGGCUUGGGUCUUGCUAAUUAAUUGGACGUCUCGGCAAUCUCUCACCCACUUCUCUGCCUCUCACAUGUGCUACGUAUUCAACAUUACGGGAAGCAGGUGAAUAAGCAAGAGCGCAGG